AUGAGUGAAGUUCGGAUUAAUAUCUACUGGGUACCCCAUGUUAUAUUGUCUCUAAUUUUAAUUUUAAGUUUAUUUCCAAUUGUGCGGAGUGUGGAUGAGAAUGCCUAUAGUAAGACAGGAGACCCAGCCAUUUCUCGUCUAGUUACACAGUUCAUCUAUGCCCGCCUUUCCAAUCUCACUAAAGUGUUAAUCCGUGAUAUCCAGACUCAGUUGGGCUUCUGCAUAAAGAAUGUUGAUGCUGAUUGGAAUGAAGCAUUUAAUUUUGAAGGAGAUUUGGAUUUUUUGACAAAUUGUAUCAAGAAAACAAAAGAGGAUCUUGCACAACGACUAUGUACAGCAGCGGAGAUAAAAUUCUACUUCAACAGUUUAUUUGGGAGGGGUUCAAAAACAACCAGUUACUUGAAACCAAACAAGAACUGCAAUUUGACCUCAUGGGUUUCUGGAUGUGAACCAGGAUGGGGUUGUAGUGCUAACCAACAUGUUGAACUUCAAAAUUCAAAAGUCAUUCCUUCUAGGACUCAGACUUGUCAACCUUGUUGUGAGGGGUUCUUCUGCCCACGGGGUCUUACUUGCAUGAUACCUUGCCCACUAGGAUCUCACUGUCCACUUGCAAGACUAAAUAAAGCAACUGGAGCAUGUGACCCAUACAGUUACCAAGUUCCUCCUGGAAAACCAAAUCAUACUUGUGGUGGUGCACAUAUUUGGGCAGAUAUUGAGAGUAGUGACCUUUUCUGCUCCCCUGGAUCAUACUGCCCAACUACCACUAGAAUAGUUCCUUGCAGCGCUGGACAUUACUGCAGGAGGGGUUCCGUUUCUCAAGAACCAUGCUUCAAGUUGGCUACAUGUAAUUCAAAUACUGAAAACCAAAAUAUCCAUGCCUAUGGUGUCAUGCUUCUUGUUGCAUUGAUUACUCUGCUGCUCAUUCUUUAUAAUUGGUCUGACCAAGUUCUCAGCACUAGGGAAAGAAGACUGGCUAAACGCAGAGAAGCUGCUGUAAAGCACGUACGAGAAACUACACAAGCACGUGAAAAGUGGAAACAUGCAAAAGAAGUUGCCAAGAAACGGGCAACUGGGCUACAACAACAGUUAUCACGGACAUUUUCUCAAAGAAAAACCACAAGGCAAUCAGAGCAGCUGAAGGAUUUUGGUCCAGCUAAUCCUAGCUCUGAUAAUGUUUCUUUGCCCCUAAAGCCUCCAGGUACUUCAAGCUCAUUUGAGCAAUCAUCUGCAGCUUCAAAAGCCAAGAAAAAGGAAGAAAAUAGCCUAAAAAAAAUGAUGCAUGCCCUUGACAGUGACCUGGAUGGUUUCGAAGGCUUUAAUCUGGAGAUUGGGGAUAAAAAUACUAGAAAGCAAGAGCCUAAAGGUAAAAAACUGCAUUCUGACAGCCAAAUUUUCAAGUAUGCGUAUGGUCAACUUGAGAAGGAGAAAGCUCUGCAGCAGGGACAGAAGUUGACUUUCUCAGGAUUAGUCUCAAUGGCUGCUUAUGGUGACAUCAAGACCAGGCCUGUGACUGAGGUUGCUUUUAAAGAUCUUACCCUAACUUUGAAAGGAAAAAACAAACAUCUGCUGAGAUGUGUCAAUGGGAAAAUUAGGCCUGGGCGAGUUUCUGCUGUCAUGGGUCCAUCUGGAGCUGGAAAAACAACAUUCCUUUCUGCUGUAGCUGGAAAAGCAACUGGGUGCACUAUGACAGGUUCCAUUCUAAUAAAUGGAAAAGUUGAAUCUAUCCACUCAUAUAAGAAAAUUAUUGGUUUUGUCCCACAAGAUGACAUUGUGCAUGGGAACUUGACUGUGGAGGAGAAUCUCCAGUUCAAUGCAAGCUGCAGACUAUCUGCCGGUAUGUCAAAACCUGAUAAGGUCCUAGUCAUUGAAAGAGUUAUUGAGUCCUUGGGACUACAGACGGUAAGAGAUUCACUUGUUGGGACAGUGGAAAAGCGAGGAAUCUCUGGAGGGCAGAGGAAGCGAGUUAAUGUGGGGAUUGAAAUGGUCAUAGAACCUUCACUCUUGAUCUUGGAUGAGCCCACUUCUGGUUUGGACAGCUCAUCCUCACAGUUGCUUCUUAGAGCGCUUCGACGUGAAGCUCUUGAAGGGGUUAAUGUCUGCAUGGUAGUUCACCAACCAAGUUAUGCAUUGUUCAAGAUGUUUGACGAUUUAAUACUUCUAGCCAAAGGUGGUCUGACCGUGUAUCACGGAUCUGUGAAGGAAGUUGAAAAAUACUUUGCUGGCCUUGGGAUCAUUGUACCAGAGCGUAUUAAUCCUCCAGACCACUUCAUUGACAUUCUAGAAGGCAUAGUAAAACCAAGUGGAGGUGUGAAUCAUCAACAGCUUCCUGUCAGGUGGAUGCUACAUAAUGGGUAUCCUGUGCCUGCAGAUAUGCUGCAAUAUGUUGAUGGAGAUUGUUCCUCCUUGGUCAGUCAUGUAGCAGAUCCUAGUGCUGGAGCCACUGAACAAUCUUUUGCUGGAGACUUGUGGCAGGACCUAAAGUCUAAUGUUGAGCUAAAGCAUGAUCAUAUACGACACAACUUCUUGAACUCUAAAGAUUUAUCCAACAGAAGAACUCCUGGCAUUGCUCGUCAGUACAAAUAUUUUCUUGGGAGGGUUGGAAAACAGCGACUACGUGAUGCCAGAAUGCAAGCAGUUGAUUAUCUCAUUCUAUUAGUAGCAGGUGCUUGCUUGGGAAUUCUUGCGAAAGUGAGCGAUGAAACAUUUGGUUCCCUUGGCUAUACUUAUACUGUCAUUGCUGUUUCACUACUAUGCAAGAUCGCAGCAUUAAGAUCAUUUACUCUGGACAAGUUGCAGUAUCAAAGAGAGACUGCAUCUGGGAUCAGCAGCCUAGCUCAUUUUCUUUCCAAGGAUACAUUUGAUCAUUUCAAUACGGUCAUCAAGCCACUGGUUUUUUUAUCAAUGUUCUUUUUCUUCAACAAUCCCAGAUCAACCUUCGCAGAUAAUUACAUCGUCUUAGUUUGCCUUGUAUAUUGUGUGACUGGAAUAGCUUAUGUGUUUGCAAUCAUCCUUGAGCCUAGUCCUGCCCAACUGUGGUCAGUGCUUCUUCCUGUUGUUUUGACUCUUGUCGCAACCCAGGACAAAGAUAGUGAAAUUGUAAAACAUUUGGCAAAAUUGUGCUAUACAAGAUGGGCUCUAGAAUCUUUUGUCAUUGCAAACGCCCAAAGAUACUCGGGAGUCUGGCUGAUUACUCGUUGCAGUUCGUUAAUGCAAGGCGGGUACCAUAUUGGUGAUUGGACUCAUAAUCUCAUCUUCCUAAUUCUUACAGGCAUCAUUAGUCGCAUUUUAGCUUAUAUAUCUAUGGUGACUAUCAAGAAGUGAUUUAGGAGGUUCAUUUUAGUUGAUUCAAUGGUGUUUAACAAUGAAAAAUCCGGUUGAUGUCUCUUGUAUCAUGGUAAAAACUCAACAUGAGAGGGGAUCAUGUAAAUACCCAAAAGAGAAGCAAAAUUCUCUUUAGCAAUAGGAAUUCACUACUAACCGUUAGGUAGACAUGUAGAUAAAUAAUAAGAUAGUAAGCAAAAAAAAA